AUGGCGACCAACGGCUCCGGCAAUGAGGCCGUACUCUCUGAAAUCCUUCUGACCCUAAAGCGUAUGCAACUUGACCAUGCUGCUCUAUCGGCGAACGUUGAGUCCUUGUCCUCUCGAGUAGAGACCCAGUCAGCGCUUUCCUCGUUACGUGGAGGCAAUCAUCGCUCCAGCAUUCGCGACUCCCCCUCCUUAGAUCCAAUGGAGCUCGGGAAGUCUUCAUCGUCGCCUCCCAGUGAUUCUCCGCUCAAGGCACCAUCUUCGCCCACCGUUCGCCGUCAAUCCACCACGUCUCGCAUCAUCCUCACCACUUAUCCGGGCCAGUCAGGUAUCGAUCCCAUUCCUUUAUCCUGGGGUGAAGCGGAUCCUGCAAAGCGUGGACCCGUCAUUGUUUCUCGUCAACAAGGUACUAUCCGUCGACGCAACGCUAUUGGCGCUCACGGUGGUUCUUAUUCUAUCUACAAUGCUCUGGCUGUAGCGUCUGCUAACCUGGACCUCGAGCACAAGCCCGAUUUCACGAACACCGAGCCUGCUGCGAAUAUUGGGCCGUUUCCUUCCUGGGGAUCUGCCAAGAAAAUCGUGGCCAUGGACCCCUUUGGCCAUUUGGCACCGUGGUUGUACAAGGAUCUCAUGACGCGAGAAAACGUGGAUGUGCGGCCGACCAUUGCCGUAACGAAGGCACAUAUGAAGAUUCCAGAGCUGGAGGAAAGUGUGAGAGCGGGGCGCUUGAAGCCCGAUGGGAAAAUAUGCCUCAACGAGCAAGGUGAAUUGGCCGUGACCAAGUUCGCGGUUGAGCCCGUAUGGUAUCUUCCGGGCGUGGCGGAGCGGUUUGGUAUUGACGAAGCGAGUCUAAGGCGGGCCUUGUUUGAGUAUACUGGUGGCUCAUAUCCUGAACUGAUCACCAGGAACGACGUCAAGGUGUUCCUUCCUCCGAUUGGUGGUCUGACGGUGUACUGUUUCGGUGACCCAGCCAAGAUGUCUGACCCGAACGUUAAACUCGCCCUCCGCGUCCACGAUGAGUGCAAUGGCAGUGAUGUUUUCGGUAGCGACAUCUGCACUUGCCGACCAUACCUCAUCUUCGGUAUCGAAGAAGCUGUCAAAGAAGCGCAAAACGGCGGCUCUGGUGUGGUGAUAUACUUCCGCAAAGAAGGUCGCGCCCUGGGCGAGGUAACUAAGUACCUGGUUUACAAUGCCCGCAAGCGUGGCCAAGACAAGGCCUCGGAGUACUUCCAGCGUACAGAAAACAUCGCAGGCGUAAAGGACAUGCGUUUCCAGGCGCUUAUGCCCGAUAUACUACACUGGUUGGGAAUCACCAAGAUUGACCGCAUGCUCAGCAUGAGCAACAUGAAGCACGAUGCAAUCGUUGAGCAAGGAAUCGAGAUCAAAGAGCGGAUUCCAAUUCCCGAAGAGAUGAUCCCAGAAGACAGCCGCGUGGAGAUCGAUGCGAAGAUCCACGCAGGCUAUUUCACGACUGGCAAGGUACUCAGCAUGGAUGAACUGGGCGCCGUGCAAGGGCGGGCUUGUAAGUGUUUCCCACCAUCUGCGCAUGGUCUUCAUGCGAAAGUACCGGACGCUAAUGUGCUGGUCAGGGGACGACAUUGA